AUAUUUACUUGGCACAGAUGAUUCACAUGAAAAUAAUCACCUUUUCCUGUGCCCAUCCGUAAGAGCUGUCACGAAUUAGCUUUAUUUGUAACUAACCGUGGUUCCUGUGUCCACUUUAUCCAGUUAGGAAUUGGACACCAGCAUGGUUUAGGUUUAGCAGGAUUUCGGUGCUCGUUUUAUGGACAUACUGAAAUUAUCAACAUUAACUUUUAGCUUACUCUACUGAUUGAAACUGUGUGGGUCCAGUGACAAAUAUUGAGCAAGUAUGAGCUACAUCAAUGAAUAUCAAGCCUCGAGGGAAAAAGGGUUUCGAAGACAUAUCAAAGUGGACAUUGACAAACUGCAUGAGGAAUGGUACCCAGUCUUCAUGAAGUUUAAUCCUGACAAAAAUGGAGAAGUUCGACUAAAAGAAAUGCGUAGACUUCUUCAGGUUUUGGGUGAAAUGCAUCGACUCAUGCCGGACGACGCCGUGGAUGAAAUUUUGUUACUGGCUGAUAAGGAUUCGAAUGGGAAAUUAAGCUAUGUGGAAUUUAUAGAUUUGAUUAUCGGAUACGACUUGAAUCGGAAGCAGCGUCCCCUUGUUCGUCGAGCCUUGUGGGCAGCGGCGCUCUCCGUCGUGCCAAAAAACGAGAGGACCUACGUUUCGCAGUACAGCUGCAGCCCUCCGCCCGUCUUCAUGGUAGCCAUCAGCAUCAUCGAGAUUGCCAUUUUCGUCUACCACUCACUGGACUUUUCUAACAAAGGUCACAGCGUUGGAUUCAACAGCAGACAAGUUCCAGACGACUCGGUCCUCAUUUACAACCCGUACCGACGAUAUGAGGCGUGGAGAUUCGUGUCCUACAUGUUUGUUCAUUCCGGAUUUAUGCAUAUAAUUUUCAACGUUCUGGUUCAACUCGUGAUUGGUAUUCCGCUUGAAAUGGUUCACAAGUGGUGGCGUGUACUUCUCGUCUACUUUGCUGGAGUGUUGGCAGGGUCACUUUGGACCUCAAUUACCGACCCCAAUGUCUUUCUCUGUGGAGCUUCAGGAGGCGUUUACGCUCUCAUCUUUGCACAUUUGGCUAGUGUUAUUUUGAAUUGGUCUGAAAUGGAGUUUGCAUGGGUUCGGUUAGCGUUUUUUCUAAUUCUCACUCUAACGGAUGUCGGUGUUUCGGUUUACGAUAGAUACUUUGAGGCCAAUUCCAACUCGAAGAUUGGAUACGUGGCUCAUUUGGCUGGGGCCAUCGCCGGUCUCCUGGUCGGGAUAAAUGUGCUGAGGAACUUGCGGAAAAGGACGUGGGAGAAAGUCGUCUGGUGGGUGAGCCUCCUCGCCUACGUCGUCCUCAUGACGGUUGCGAUAGUUUGGAACAUUUGGGAUCCCGAUAACCAUUUCCCUCCUCCCAGGAAAUAAAUUAUUAGUUUCUGUUACGUUUUCUUCGAUUUAAGAAUACAUAUUUAUUUAUUAAUGGCAAAUUGAACAGUUAUAGAAAUUUCCAUCCAUCGGGUUUUUAAGUGUACUUCAAUUUUGUACGGAUUUUUAUACGUUCCUUUAAUAAAUGGGUUGAAUAAGAG